AUGAAUGUUCUGGCAAGGGUGUCUGCGGUGAUGACAAACGCGCCCAUCAUACUGAACGUGGACUGCGACAUGUUCGUCAACAACCCACAGGUCGUCCUGCACGCCAUGUGCCUCCUGCUGGGGUUCGACGACGAGACGUGUAGCGGCUUCGUCCAGGUGCCGCAGAGAUUCUACGGCAAACUCAAGGACGAUCCUUUUGGUAAUCAGAUGGAGGUUUUACGUGAGAAACUUUUCGGUGGACUCGCUGGACUUCAGGGCAUCUUUUACCUUGGGACGGGCUGCUUUCACCGUAGGAAAAUCAUUUACGGUGUGGCACCAGCUUCAUUUGCGGCCAUCAAACAUGAAAGAGAAGGUUCACUAUCCUACGAGGAUCUGCUGACCAAGUUUGGGGCUUCAAUGGAACUGGUCGAGUCAUCCAGGAACAUAUAUUCCGUGGAAAUACCGCCAAAACCCAUGAUCGACAUAACGAGUCGCAUCCAAGUGGCAAAGCAAGUGUCCACCUGCAACUACGAGACAGGCACACAUUGGGGUGAGGAGAUUGGUUGGUCCUACGGGUCAAUGGCAGAAGACAUCCUGACCGGGCAGCGUAUCCAUUCAGCAGGUUGGAAAACCACGCUGCUGGACACUAACCCACCAGCAUUCUUGGGAUGUGCUCCUACAGGAGGACCAGCCAGCCUUACUCAGUAUAAGAGAUGGGCAACUGGAGUUCUAGAGAUACUCCUCGGGCAGAAUAACCCAAUCAUCGCCACCACCUUCAAGCGCCUCCAGUUCCGGCAGUGCCUUGCAUACCUAGUCCUAUACAUCUGGUCUAUGAGGGCACCUUUCGAGCUAUGCUAUGCACUAUUAGGACCUUUCUGUCUCUUCAGAAACCACUCCUUCCUUCUGAAGGCAUCAAACCAUGGUUUCAGCAUCCAACUAGCCCUAUUCUUGUCCUACAACAUAUACAACUUUGUGGAGUACAAGGAAUGCGGACUCUCAGCCCGUACUUGGUGGAAUAACAUGAGGAUGCAACGCAUCGUAUCAAUCUCCUCCUGGCUCCUUGCUUUCCUUAGUGUGGUCCUCAAAACAAUCGGCCUCUCCAAAACUGUGUUUGAGGUCACCCGUAAGGACAAGAGUACAUCAGAUGGUGAUCCCAGCACCCAUGAGACUGAUCCAGGGUGGUUCACAUUUGACUCUUCACCAGUGUUCAUCCCAGUGACGGCACUUGCAAUCUUGAACAUUGUCACAAUUGCUAUCGGGGUAUGGCGUCAUGCCAUUUUUUGGAUGACAAUAGGAAAUCAUGAUUGCCAAAAUAUUGGAGAAUUUGUGUGUUGUGGAUUGAUGAUAUUAUACCUUUGGCCAUUUAUCAAAGGCCUUGUUGGUAGGGGAAGAUAUGCAAUCCCAUGGAAUGUCAAGCUCAAGGCUUGGGUGAUUGUGGUUGCCUUCUUGUACUUCUGUAGAGGAGAUUAA